ACUCCAAAGAGCUAACAGUCACCAGGCCCGUCAAAUAUGUAUAGACCGCGAGGGCCUCUGUACCCAAUUGGCGCCCAGAAAGCCACGCACAGAAUCAGAGAGAGGGGUAGAGAGAGACCUUCCUUUGCCUAACCAACCCUCCAUCAUCUUCAACCUUUGUUCUUUCCCCCAAUAACCUCCCUUUGAUUCACAUCCACUCUCUAGAUCAACUCUCGAAACUGGUUUUGUUUUGCCUCAUUAUGUAUUGCCCUAGAACUCACUUUUUCCUCACUCCUCUUCGCUAAUUCUUCAGAUCAUCUCGACAUUUGGGUCUUUUGGUUCGAUUGAUUCCAACUUUAAUCGCAUAUAAAUGGCCAGUGGGAAGGUCAUUAAGCGUGCCAAGUACAAGUCUUCAGUCAAGGACCCUGGUGUUCCUGGCAUCCUAGAGAUGAUGGAGGAUAGGUUCAUCUUCACGCCUAACAACCCAAAAUUGUCUUCAAGUCUUAGCGUACAGUUUAAAUUGAUUAAAGGGCACAAGUUCACCAAGGAGGGAUCACAUAAGCAUGCCCUGCUUAAUCUUACACAAGAUCAGGGUGGGAGUUACAUUUUUGAGUUUGAAAACUUUUCUGAUCGUGAUGUUUGCAGAGAAUUUGUAGCCGCCAGAACACUGUUGACAGAGAGAGAGCGAAGCGGAGGGAUGUUGGGGAAGAGGCUAAUCUCCUUCCUGAAGAGAACUCCAUCAAGCAGCAACAGCAGCAGCUCGGUGAAGUCGGAACCGAAGACCAAAUCAUGGGGUCGCAAGGCGGUUUCCGGCGCCUUCAUUUGCCUCACCAGCGGUGUUGCUUUGAGUGCCCUUGAUGACCUUAUCAUUUAUCAUGGCUGUAGCAGCAAGGCCAUGGAGAGAGCUAGUAAAAACCAGGCAAUUAUAGAUGCCAUUGGGGAGCCUAUUGUAAGAGGUCCUUGGUACAAUGCAUCACUUGCAGUUGCUCACAAGAGACAUUCUGUAUCUUGCUCAUUUCCCGUUUCUGGACCCCAAGGUUCUGGAAUCUUUCAGUUGAAGGCGGUUCGUAAUGGAGAUGACAGCUGUAAAUUGAUUAAAGGGCACAAGUUCACCAAGGAGGGAUCACAUAAGCAUGCCCUGCUUAAUCUUACCCAAGAUCAGGGUGGGAGUUACAUUUUUGAGUUUGAAAACUUUUCUGAUCGUGAUGUUUGCAGAGAAUUUGUAGGCAGAGCUACUACAAUGGCUGGAGAAGCUGGCAAAACUAGUUCUGAACCAUCUGCUGUUACACCUCAAGAUGAACAACUUAUUAGUACACAAGAAAUGGAGCGUCGGAUUAAGCUACUUCAAGAAGAUGGGGAGUUGCAGAAACUCCAUAAGCAAUUUGUGAUAGGAGGUAUUUUGACAGAAGCCGAGUUUUGGGCAACGAGGAAGAAGUUGCUGGAUAGGAACACCAGCAGCGUGAUAAAACAACGGGCAGGGUUCAAAAGUGCCAUGCUUGCAGAUGUCAAACCAGCAGCUGAUGGUCGGUCGAAUCGAGUUACAUUUAACUUGUCACCAGAGAUUAUUCAUCAGGCAUUUAAAUCAACUUGUAUAAUUGAAUUUUUGUUUUUGGUUUUUGUGUCCCAGAUGACCGAAAAGGACUUCUGGAACAAAUAUUGCAGAGCAGAAUACCUCCAUAGUACAAAAAAUCCUGUUGCUGCUGCAGCAGAGGCUGCAGAAGAUGAGGAACUUGCUGUUUUCUUGAAGAAUGAUGAUGUAUGGGCAAGUGAAGCUCGGCGCAAGAUUAGACGGGUUGAUCCAACUUUAGACAUGGAAGCUGAUGAAGGGGAUGAUUACAUUCAUCUUCCGGAUCAUGGGCUUUCUCGCGAUGACAGCAAGGAUGCUAUUGACUCACCAUAUGAAGAAUACAGAAGGUCUCUUUCACAAGUCCUUAAUCGGCAUGGUGCAGUUGUUCUUGAAGGAAGAUCCAUAGAUGUGGAGUUGGGAGACACGAGGUCUGUAGCUGAAGCUCUUGCCAGAUCAAAACAGGUUGAGUUAGCUAAUGAAGCAUCUGAUGGGAAUGCAAACCAGGAACGCUUAGAUAGGAUUUCUCAGUUGGCUGAGAUUGAGGAUCUUCAGCCACCUCGUGACCCUCCAUUGGCACCACUUUUCAUUAAGGAUCCUCGAGACUAUUUUGAUUCUCAGCAAGCUAAUGCACUUAAAACUUUGGGAGAUACACUAGUUGAAACAAGACAAAUGAAAUGCAACCUGAGUACCAGUGAAGCUUAUGGUUCUCUAAGGGAGUGUAUAUCUGAGAUCAAAAUUGCCGGAUUAAGUGAUCCCAUAGUUAAGCCUGAAAUUGCUUUCAAGGUUUUUAACGGAUUGACCCAGAAUAUUUCAAGCACCAAGUAUCAUCUUGGGAAGAAUCCGCAGGAGAGUGUUUUGGAUAGGUUGCCAAACAUCACUAAAGAUGAACUCUUACAUCAUUGGACGUCCAUUCAGGAAUUACUUAAACAUUUCUGGUCAUCAUAUCCAAUUACAACAUCAUAUCUUUAUGUUAAGGUAGGCAGAUUGAAGGAUGCUAUGUCACAAAUUUAUCCAAAGUUACAGGAGAUUAAGGAAUCCGUACAGUCAGAUUUUCGGCAUCAAGUUUCCCUUCUUGUUCAACCAAUGCUUCAGGCUCUGGAUGCGGCUUUUGCACAUUAUGAUGCAGACUUGCAGAAGAGAUCGGCAAAGGGCGGAGACAGGACCAAUGGAUACGUGUAGCGGAAAUUAGCCUUUGUAUCACCUGGCCUGUUUGAUGUUGCAGCAUUGAGGGUUGCCUCUAUUACAUGGUGAUCAUAUACAACUGUAUAUCUAAUGAAAUUUUGGUCACAGCUUUUGUCGAAGAGAAAAUGAUUUGAAAGAAGUGUACACACCAUUUAUUGUUCAAUUGGUGGCUAAUAGUUUAUAUUGAACAAUUUGGGUUACAAAAUGCUAUUGCAUUAAUAUGAGAGGAAAUUUUUGAACAAUUACAAUAAGUUGCAAUGUUGAUUUGGACUAAUUUGAAUUUUUGAGUUUAGCAACAUAUGGAAAUUGACUGCUUUUCUUCUUUUU